AUGGAUAUAAUUUGUGAAAAUCACACCAGAGUCACUGAAUUUAUUCUUCUCGGUUUUACAAACAAUGCUGAGAUGUAAGUUGCUCUCUUUAUUUUGUUCCUGGUCAUCUACACAGUCACUUUGUUGGGCAAUUUUCUUGUCACAAUUACCAGUGUGGAUCCUGUUCUUCAAACACCCAUGUAUUUCUUUCUCCUAAACCUAUCACUUCUUGAAGUCUGUUUCACCUUGGUCAUGGCACCAAAGAUGCUGGUAGAUCUAGUAUCCCCCAAAAAAACUUUAGGCUGUCAUACCCAGAUGUACUUCUGCUUCUUUGGCAGCUCCGAAUGUUUCCUCCUCUCUAUGAUGGCGUACGAUCGCUUUGUGGCUAUCUGUAACCCUCUCCGUUAUUCAUUCAUAAUAAAUAGGCCUUUAUGCUUAUGGAUGGCCAUAGGCUCUUGGAUGUCUGAUGUUUCUGUCUCUAUUUUACAGAUGGCUUGGAUGAUGGCCCUUCCUUUCUGUGGACCAAGUACUGGACACAUGUUUUGUGAUGGUCUCCCAGUGUUGAAACUAGUCACUCAGGAUACAACCAUGUAUGAAAUGCAAGCACUUGCUUCCACACUGCUGUAUUUAUUGUUUCCCUUUUCCCUCAUUUUGCUCUCCUACACCCACAUUAUCACAACCAUCCCGAGGAUGCUCUCUGCUACUGGUUGCCAGAAGGCAUUCUCCACUUGUUCAUCACACCUCACUGUGGUGUCCCUUUUCUGUGGAACAGCCAGGUUGACCUACCUAUUGCCUAAAUCCAACCAGUCCCCUGAGAGCAAGAAGCUGGUGUCAUUGUCCUCCACUGUCAUCACUCCUAUGUUAAACCCAAUCAUCUACAGCAUAAGGAACAAUGAAGUAAAGGGUGCAGUCAAGAGGACAUUCACUCGAAAAGUCUUGCAGAAGUUAGAUGUGUUUUGA